UGAUAUUGGGAAGUAACCGCUGCGGGGAUUUUGGUUCUCGGCAUAAAUGAAAGCGCAAAGCAGUGCCGAAACUCAUUCCAGUCGUCUCAUAUCAACGGAAUGCGUACGUUGUUAUCUUUAUGAAAUAAUGAUAUUGAAGGGACUUUUUUAAACGCUGUUACAACAGCGGAAAACAAGAUUUAUGUUCAAGACAUGUGACCAGGUCGUAAUAAUAUGCAAAGAUAUUUUGACGUACGGUUUGCACGAUAAAAAUAGACAUGGUGUAUACAAGUGCGGAUCAAGAAGGGGAGCCACGCACAUAACCCCAAGUGUCUGUUGUUAUAGAAAACAAAACCGAAAAUGGACAUUAUUUUAUAAAAAUAAAUUUGUGUCAAGCAAAUGGCCGCUAUUUCAGGGAGUGAGAUGGACAAACAGUCAGACGAACUUCUUCACUUGUUGUGUUCACCUUGUAAACGUAAGCAAAGAAAUAAAGAAGCGGACAAAUAUUGUGCUGACUGUCAUGAUUAUUACUGCUCGGAUUGUGUGAAAUUUCAUGAGGAUAUUCCAGCACUGUCUGGACAUAAGAUUCUAGAUAAAGAUCAAGUCAAGGAUGGAAUAAGCGGAAUAUUUCCUGAAAUCCCAACACAAAGUUGCGAGAGACACGGGUUUAAAGCUGUUGACAUGUAUUGUCAAAGUCACGAUAACGUUGGAUGUUCUAUAUGUAUGGCAGUAGAUCACAAGUCAUGUAACGAUGUUUUCUAUGUGCCUGAGUACGUCUUAGAUCAUGACCCUACAAGUAAAUGUGAAGACGUUCAACGGAAAUUGGUAGCUGUUACCCGUGACAUUGAAUUUCAGCUGAAAAUUCGACAACGGGAAAUAAAACGUCUGUGUCAAGGGAAAGAAGAAGAAGUUGAAAAAAUAAAACAGUUCCGGAUUGACAUCAACCAAAAACUUGUCAAUCUUGAAAAGAAAAGCAUAGAUAAAAUAGAAGAUAAAUACAAAACAUUAAUCAAGAAGUUUGAAGAGCAAAUUACCAUACUGACAACUUUCCAGACCGAUGUUCAGAUUUCAGCAGCAGAUAUAAAAUACACAUUAUCAAACGUAUCGCAAAAAUUUGUUGGGAUGAAAGUAGCUAACGCAGUUACAGAAAGGGCGGGCAAUUGUUUGAACGAGAAGACAGUGGAAUUUAAAAGAUUUGAUGUUGUUUUUGAAGGUCAACAAAGGCUUAUGUCGAUGAUAGACCAAAUGGACAUGUUGGGAGUAAUUGAGGAAAAGCCUGCUUUAUAUAGGCUAUUGGAAAAGAGGGAGAUAAGUAUUAAACAUGAUUCCGACAAAAGUCUCUAUAACGAUAUAAACAGUAUAUGUAUGCUUAAAGAUGGUUGUGUCAUUAUCGCCGAUAACGUUAAUAAAAGCUUAAAACGUCUUGACUUGACCUUAUCUAAAAUAAUAGAUGUCUGUCAACGUCUGAGAUCCCCGUGGCAAGUUUGUGAAAUUGACAAUGAGAUAGCUGUAUCGUCUGAAGAGAUGAACAUUGACAUUUUAACUACAGAAGGUCCUCUUAAAGUAACACGGCAAAUAAAAACCGAUCAUGAAUGUUAUGGUUUAGGGUACAAGAAUGGCAAAAUUUAUGUUACUGAUUCAAUGGAGACUAUUUUUGUCUACAACAAGACAGGGACAAUGCUGAUACAAUUUUCAAAAGAUCAGUCAGGUGAUAACUUGUUCAGCGACAUAUACAGUCUUACAGUCAGUCAAGAUGGUAAGAGGAUUUAUGUUGCUAAUGGUACAUAUGGUCUUGUAGUUCUUAGUAAGGAAGGCAAAUUACAUGGAAAAUAUAAUCCUUCAAACCUCAGGCUCGCACGGGAGAUUUGUGAAACAAACAGUGGAGAUAUUCUUGUUUGUGGUGAAUCAUCUAACAAUAUUGUACAAUUUUCUUCAAACGUUGAGGUGUUAGGAGAAAUACUUACAUCAGAUAGUACAGAAGGAGGUUGUCUGGCGGUUUGUUUUGAUCGCAGUCACACAAAACUGAUAGUUGGACGAUCAGAACGGAAUUAUAUAGAAGUUUACGAUAUGAACUGAACAACAAAAAUAAAUGACAUCUAAAUUUUUAUUACGGUUAAUGAAUACCUGAUUAAUUGAUCAAAAUUUAAAACAUCUGUAAUGAAUUCAGCGUUGAAUUAUCUUCAGGAAAGUAACUUCUCUUCAGCAAAGCAACUAAAAAUGAAUAAUAUUUAUUUUCUAUACAAUUAAUCCUGCAAUUCGUCUGAUACUAACAUCAGAUGGUAAAUGUGGAAAUUGUCUCGCUGUUUGCUUUGAUCACAAUCAUACGAGACGGAUACAAGGGAUGAUCCACAAUUACCCGGAUUAUUUUUUAAUAUUCUGAUAAAUUACAUGUUUUCUGCUUAAGAUAUAUACCUGCUCAAAGUUUGAGGUUUAAUCUAUUGAAUUGCAAAACAUUAUCGGUAUAAGGUACUGUUUAAGACAGCCUUAAAUAACCUCGGAGACACUUAGUGUACAGCGACACAGCUCAAAGAAUGCGACGUCCAUUGACAUUACUUUUGAUAUACACCAAAGUGCAUUAUACAAAUAUGGGUCUUGUUCUAAUGCAGGAGCUUUGUGUAAAAACUGAAAAAUGUCUAUUUAAAAUUUCAAGUUAUAUGAACAUUGGAUAAUUGUGAAUCGAGUUUCAAAAAUUUGUAGUUGUGACAUUUUUUUAUUCAAAAUGUCGUCAUUAUAACUAUUCUUCCUAAUAACGGACUUUCAUAAAUAUUUGUCGAUUGUUCGGAAAGUAUCCUUCUUAAACACCUAAUAUGACAAAGGGAACCCGACACAAGUAUAUUGUUGUCAAACAAAAUACCCAGAGUGGUAUAGACGUUUUUUCAGACUUUUGGAUUAUCUUAAUACUAAUAAAUAUCGUUGCCGGGAUAAAGAAAAAUGCGCAUGACUUUAAUGUUAACCGUAGCUAUGGAGCUUAAAACAACAAACAAAUAUGCAGCAUUGCAUGAAAUUGAAUACGACUUUUAAAAAUAAAUUUUCUUGAUGAAUUGUAUAUAUCUAAGAUUUGUUUAAAGUAUUUAUUUCCUUGAUCCAAAACUUAUUCCUAUUGAAAUUAAGUCAAUCAAAGUUGGGUGAUUAAUGUUCUUUCUUAUCUAGGAAUAAUUAGCGACAGAAAUGGAAAACUAAAAUUUUUUAUUUAUUUUUGUACAUGCUAUUUGUUUGCCUUUUAACGUCUGAUUUUAUCAUGUACUUUUUGUGUCGCCUUAAAAAACGCAACAUAUAGAGAUUACUUUUGUCGGCGGCUUCGGCGUCUGUGUCGUUGUCGGCGGCGUCCCCUAAGGCUUGUAUGGAGUAUAACUCAGUCAAUUUAUGUCGGUUUGACUCCAAUCUUGGUAUGCAUGCUUCUGUCAAUGACCCAAAGUGCCAUGCACAAAAAUCGUUACUCUGCACUUCUUAUUUUUUGAGUUAUUGCCCUUUGCUAAUUUUCAUACUUCAUUUUUUCAGGCCAUUUCUGCUAAACUAUAAAAGCUAUGGACUUGAAACUUCAUAGGGUGAUAUAUCUUAUUGUGAGAAAAGUGCAGUGCACAAAAACUGGUACUCUGCAUUUUUUUUUGUGAGUUAGUGCCCAUUGUUAAUCUUCAUAUUUCAUUAUUGUCCGGGCCAAUUCUCCUACACAAUAAAAGCUAUUCAGGCUACAUCAAUCCUGAUGUUUAAUUGUUACAGUCAGCUUAAAUGCCACUUAAGUUUAAGGUAUAUGUGGUGUUUAUAAAUAACUUAUAUUUAUUUAAGAAGAAAAUGCCCAAGUUACAACCAUACUGUUCACAAGGCGACAAAUCCGAUUCGCGGAGUUUUUGUUUAUCUGAUGAAUGAUAUAUAGAAAUGAACCAUAUUGUAUCCGCACACACAAACACACACACAUGCGCGCACGUACACAAACGCACGCACGCACGCAUACACACACAAAUCAACCAACUUUUAAAUGGUCAUAGGUUUGAGUUGUUAGCACACUAACUGUGCAAGGCAUUAAAAGAACUCCUUAUAAGAAGAUAAUGAUUACAUUGGUUAUAAAGCACUGACCUAAUAUAUUGUAAAGCGGUUAAUACUUUCAAAACAUUUUAGUAUGUUUUAACGACACCGCUUAUGACGUUCAGACUACGCCGUAUGUGUAUUACUAGGCAUGUGGUGGGCAAAAUUUGUUCAAUUGUUUUGGCUCUUAAUUAUGAUUAAAGUGACAAAACGUUUAAGAUUAAACAUUUUCAUUGUUGUUGUAGUAGAUUUUGUACUUGAACCAGAAAGUGAGUUAAUUCCGCCGACGAUAAAAUCGGAAAUUGGCCUCGUCCGUUCGUCCAU